AAGCAGCCAAUCAGCGGGCUGUGUGUCAGGAAGAACCGGCCUCGUCCUCCACCUGCGCCUCGCGCUCUUUUUUCUGGACUUUCUGAUCCUUCAUGCGGUUCGGAUCCGUAUUUAACGGUUCUGCAUCACAGAGUGGAGCCGCAGGAACCGGCGGACGGGUUCUAACCGGAGGAACACCUGUCGCCUCGCAAGCGGAAGUUCCGCUAAACAAAGUGACCGAAACUCCGCCGGACACCUGCUGCAGUCGCGCGGACCGACGUCUGGGUCCUGGAUCUGGACCGAACCGGACUUCAUAGGACUGGGAUGGACCGUUGACGGACCAACUGGUGCGGCUUUCUGGAACAGGGACGAUGUCGGUGAACGAGCUGUACACAAAGUUCACACGGGUGUGGAUCCCGGAUCCUGAUGAAGUCUGGAGGGCUGCAGAGAUCACCAAAGACUACAAGGAAGGAGAUCCAGUUCUUCAACUGCAGCUGGAAGAUGGAACGCCUCUGGAGUACCAGGUGGGUCCAAAGACCAACCCCCUACCGUUCCUCCGGAACCCGGACAUCCUGGUCGGCGAGAACGACCUCACGGCUCUCAGUUACCUGCACGAACCUGCGGUCCUGCACAACCUGAGGGUCCGGUUCCUGGAGUCCAACCACAUCUACACCUACUGCGGUAUCGUGCUGGUGGCCAUCAACCCGUAUGAGCAACUGCAGAUUUAUGGAGAAGAGGUGAUCAACGCCUACAGCGGCCAGAACAUGGGAGACAUGGACCCUCACAUCUUCGCUGUGGCUGAGGAGGCGUACAAGCAGAUGGCCAGAGAUGAGAGGAACCAGUCCAUAAUCGUUAGCGGAGAAUCCGGAGCAGGAAAGACCGUCUCUGCGAAGUACGCCAUGAGAUUCUUCGCCACUGUGGGUGGGUCUGCCAGCGACACCAGUGUGGAGGAGAAGGUCCUGGCCUCCAGUCCCAUCAUGGAGGCCAUCGGGAACGCCAAAACCACCCGGAACGACAACAGCAGCCGCUUCGGGAAGUACAUCCAGAUCGGCUUCAGCAGACACUACCACAUCAUCGGAGCCAACAUGAGGACGUACCUGCUGGAGAAGUCCCGCGUGGUCUUCCAGGCGGAAGAUGAGAGGAAUUACCACAUCUUCUACCAGCUGUGUGCAUCCGCCACAAUACCGGAGUUCAAGGAGCUCAGCCUGACCAGUGCAGAGGACUUCAGCUACACGUCUUUAGGAGAGAACAUCUUCAUCGAGGGCGUGAACGACGCUGACGACUUCAGGAAGACCAGAGAGGCCUUCACUCUGCUAGGCAUCAAGGACAGCAGUCAGAGCAGCAUCUUCAAGAUCAUGGCCUCCAUCCUGCACCUGGGAAACGUGGAGAUCCGCUCGGAGAGGGACGGAGAGUCCUGUCACAUCCCGAGGGACGACCUCCACCUUCAACACUUCUGCAGGCUUCUGGGGGUGGAGCUGCAGCAGAUGGAGCACUGGCUCUGCCACCGCAAGCUGGCCACCACCUCCGAGACCUACGUGAAGAAUAUGUCCGCCAAGCAGGCCGCCAACGCCCGCGACGCCCUCGCCAAGCACAUCUACGCCCGCCUGUUCGACUGGAUCGUUGAGCACAUCAACAGGGCGCUGCAGACGUCGUCUAAGCAGCACUCCUUCAUCGGUGUUCUGGACAUCUACGGGUUCGAGACCUUCGAGGUGAACAGCUUCGAGCAGUUCUGCAUCAACUACGCCAACGAGAAGCUGCAGCAGCAGUUCAACUCUCAUGUCUUCAAGCUGGAACAGGAGGAGUACAUGAAGGAGCAGAUCCCUUGGACUCUCAUAGACUUCUAUGACAACCAGCCCUGCAUAGACCUGAUCGAGGCCCGGCUCGGCAUCCUGGACCUGCUGGAUGAAGAGUGUAAGGUUCCGAAGGGGACGGAUCAGAACUGGGCCCAGAAACUCUACAAGCAGCACUCCAGCAGCGCUCACUUCCAGAAACCUCGAAUGUCCAACACGUCCUUCAUCAUCAUCCACUUUGCAGACCGGGUGGAGUAUCAGUGUGACGGGUUCCUGGAGAAGAACCGGGACACGGUUUACGAGGAGCAGAUCAACAUCCUGAAGGCCAGCCAGUUUCAGCUGGUGGCCGACCUGUUUCACGAGAAGGACGACGUCUCGUCGUCCAAGUCGUCCCGAGUCAACGUUCGGCCGUUGAAGGCGGUCCCCAAAGUUCCCAACAAGGAGCACAGGAAGACGGUGGGACACCAGUUCCGCUCGUCUCUGCACCUCCUGAUGGAGACGCUGAACGCCACCACGCCGCACUACGUCCGCUGCAUCAAGCCCAACGACGACAAGGAGGCCUUCUCGUUCGAUUCCCGGCGAGCCGUGCAGCAGCUGCGGGCCUGCGGAGUCCUGGAGACGAUCCGGAUCAGCGCAGCUGGCUACCCGUCCCGGUGGACGUAUCCGGACUUCUUCAACAGGUACCGAGUCCUGAUGAAGAAGUCUGACAUGAUGGCAGCAGACAAGAAGCUGGUGUGUAAGAACCUGAUGGAGACGCUGAUAAAGGAACCCGACAUGUUCCAGUUUGGAAAGACAAAGAUCUUCUUCCGAGCCGGUCAGGUGGCGUACCUGGAGAAGCUCCGGGCUGAUAAGUUCCGCUCGGCCUGCAUCAAGAUCCAGAAGACGGUCCGAGGAUGGCUGCAGAGGGUUCGAUACCGAAAGAUCCGCAAGUCCGCCAUCACCCUGCAGAGAUACGGCCGAGGAUACCUGGCACGCAGGUACGCGGAGUUCCUGCGUCUGAGCCGGGCCGCCCUCAUCUGUCAGAAACAGUACCGCAUGGUGAGAGAGCGACGGGCGUACCUGAGGGUGAGGCGGGCCACCAUCACCAUCCAGGCCUACACCCGAGGCAUGUUCACCCGCCGCAUCUACUGGGAGUUCCUGCUGCACCACAAGGCCCUGAUCAUCCAGAAGAAUGUGCGUGGCUGGCUGGCGAGGAGGCGGUUCAGACGAGCACGCGGCGCCGCCGUCAUCAUCCAGUGUGCGUUCAGGCGCAUGCACGCCAAGAAGCAGCUGAAGCAGCUGAAGAUCGAGGCGCGCUCUGCAGAACACCUGAAGAAGCUCAACACGGGCAUGGAGAACAAAAUCGUACAGCUGCAGAGGAAGAUGGACGAGCAGUCCAAAGAGCUGAAAGCUCAGAACGAGCACCUGCAGACGACCAACUCCUGUCUGGGGUCAGAGGUCAGCAAGCUGCAGAAGGAGCUGGAGCAGGUCCGGGGGCAGCAGAGCGGAGGAGGCCGGCUGGCCUCGCUGGAGGAGGAGCUGGAGAGGCUGAGGGAGGAGCUGCAGGAGGCCCACGCUCACCGCAAGCAGCUGGAGGAGGAGCACAGCAGCGAGAAGGUGGAGCUCACACAGAGGGUGGAGGAGCUGGAGAAGGAGAACCUCCUCCUGAAGAACGAGAAGGAGGAGAUGAACCGACACAUCCUGCAGCAGUCGCAGAGCUCCAAAGAGGGGGUGAGCAGCGCGUCUCUGGAGUCAGAACUGGACCAGGAGAGGCAGCGGUACCAGAACCUCCUCAAAGAGUUCUCCAGACUGGAGCAGAGAUACGACAACCUGAAGGAGGAGGUGUCUCUCAGCAAGUUCCAGCCCGGCCACCAGAGGAACCCGUCUCUUCAGAGCAGCCUGGAGUCGGACUCCAACUACCCGUCCAUCUCCACCUCCGAGGUCGGAGACUCAGAGGACUGCAUUCAACAGGUGGAGGAGAUGGGGGUGGAGAAAGCCGCCAUGGACAUCAGCCUGUUCAUGAAGCUCCAGAAGAGGGUCCGUGAGCUGGAGCAGGAGAGGAAGAGGCUGCAGGUCAACCUGGAAAAGAUGGAGGAGCUCGCUAAUCGCAAGGGUUCUGAACCAAGGAGUCCGACCUCCAGCCAGGAGACCGCAGACCUGACCUACAACAACCUCAAGACACAGGAGCUGGAAUCAGAGAACAAGAAGCUAAAGAACGACCUGAACGAGCUGAGAAGGAGCGUUGCUGAGCGAGCGUCUCAGAGCAGCUCGUCCAAUGAGCUGCAGGACGGCUACAACCUGCUGAUGAGUCAGCUCAGGGCAGCCAAUGAGGAGCUGGACGCCCGCAAGGAGGAGGUCCUCAUCCUGAGGACUCAGAUAGUGAGCAACGCCCAGCUGCAGGAAAGGAACGAGGACACGGUGCGUGAGGGGGACACUGAGGAGCCGUUGGACAAAGAGGAGGCGCUCCGAGCUUAUCACGGACUGUGUGAGUCCAAAAAGCUGCUGGAGGCCCAGCUGCAGACCCAGUCCAGGCAGCACCAGGAUGAGCUGGAGGCUCUUCACACUCAGAUCGAGCUGCUGAAGGACGACAUUGAGAAGAAACAGGAGAUCCUGACCUACAUGGCGUCUUUGUCUCCGGAGGCUCGGGUAGAGUACAGCGUCCAGCAGGAGAUCACACGGCUCACCAAUGACAACCUGGAUCUCAAGGAGCUGGUGGAGAAGCAGGAGAAGAAUGAAAGGAAGCUGAAGAAGCAACUGAGGAUCUACAUGAAGAAAGUCCAGGAGCUGGAAGCCUCUCAAGCUGCAGCUCUGAGCCCUUCUUCCAAACCUGUGCUGAGCCGUCAGGUGACGGUUCAGAGGAAGGAGAAAGACUUCGAGGGGAUGCUGGAGUACUACAAGGAGGAUGAAGCCCGGCUCAUUAAGACCUUGGUCACAGAUGUCAGACCCAGUCAUGUUUCGGCCACCGUCCCCUGCCUCCCGGCUUACAUCCUCUUCAUGUGCAUCCGCCACGCCGACUACAUCAACGACGACCAGAAGGUGGAGUCUCUGCUCACCUCCACCAUCAACUCCAUCAAGAAGGUCCUAAAGAAGAACGACGACUUUGAGAUGACCUCCUUCUGGUUGGCCAACACCAGCCGCCUCCUUCACUGUCUGAAGCAGUACAGCGGAGACGAGGCUUUCAUGACUCAGAACACGGCCAAGCAGAACGAGCACUGCCUGAAGAACUUUGAUCUGGCCGAGUACCGGCAGGUUCUGAGCGACCUGUCGAUCCAGAUCUACCAGCAGCUCAUCAAGGUGGCCGAGGGCACCAUCCAGCCCAUGAUCGUGUCGGCCAUGUUGGAGAGCGAGAGCAUCCCCAGCCUGGCGAGUGUGAAGUCGAUGGGCUACAGGAACCGUUCAUCCAGCAUGGACACGGACGCCGACGGCCCCGCCAGCUACACCCUGCAGGCGCUGAUCCGGCAGCUGGGCCAGUUCCACGCCAUCAUGCGGGACCACGGACUGGAUCCGGAGAUCGUGGGCCAGGUGGUCCGGCAGCUGUUCCACUGCAUCAACGCCGUCACCCUCAACAACCUGCUGCUGCGUAAGGACGUCUGCUCCUGGAGCACCGGCAUGCAGCUGAGGUACAACACCAGUCAGAUGGAGGAGUGGCUGCGAGCUAACAACCUGUUCCAGAGUAAAGCUGCAGCCACCCUGGAGCCCAUCAUCCAGGCCGCCCAGCUGCUGCAGGUCAAGAAGAAGACGUCUCAGGACGCCGAGGCCAUCUGCUCGCUCUGCAGCGCCCUCACCACGCAGCAGAUCGUCAAGAUCCUGAACCUGUACACGCCCCUGAACGAGUUCGAGGAGCGAGUCACCGUGUCCUUCAUCAGGAACAUCCAGAACCGGCUCCAGGAGAGGAACGAACCCCCUCAGCUGCUGGUGGACACUAAACAAACCUUCCCCGUCCUCUUCCCGUACGCGCCGUCCUCCCUCAGCCUGGAGACACUGCACAUUCCCGCCUCUCUAGGCCUGGACUUCCUGGUCCGGGUCUGACAUCUUGCCGACCUGCUGCCGAUCGGACCACACAGAUUCUGUUUGCGCCGGUCUGCCAUGGCUGUGCUAUCCUCAUCUGUCUUCAUGUCCAGCUGUCCACCGUCAUGUUGGAGCUCUGUGAAGGUCCUCAGUGAACCUCCUGGUUCAGCCCAGAUCUGUCCCUCUGUCUGUCAUUCAUUGUGUCCUGUGAUUGGAGGAGGAGGAGGAGGAGGAGGAAGAUCCCGGACACUCUGUAGAUGUGAGGACUGGAAAACAAGAUUUACACGUGUGAAUGAAUGAAGGUUCUGUUUGUCGACCCGGUUCUGUGAGAUGGUUUUCUGGCUUUGUUCAGUUCAUUUAAAGCUUUAGUCAUGUGGGAUUCUUGCAGAACUCAGGCCAGAACCAGGCUGACCGGGUUCUGACUCCAGUUUGUAGGUCUGAUCUAAGGCCUAGUGGUUUAGAUUUCCACCCAGCAGUGUUUGGUUUGUCCCUCUGAGGCCCCCGUAGGGCCGAGAUGGGCAAUAGAAGCACAGUGGUUCUGGUCCGAGGUUCUGAGUACAUCACUGAUGGACCAUGCCGGAACCAGUUUGAUGUCACACAGCUUUGGUGGUUUCAUUUUGUUGGAGCUUCAGGAACCAGAACCAACUGUGCUGGAAGCUGAACUCGGACUGGACAGAACCCUGAAGCUUGAAGCAGGUCUGGAUCAGUUCUAGGGUGAGAGCAGGUGACCCAAAGUCACAUCAAACCCACUCUCCCACAGCUCAGGACCACGUCCAUAUUUUCUCUUUAGUAAAAUGUUUUUUUUACAUUUUAACAGAACUGUUGCAGAGGGGGAGGGGCUUGUUCGGCCCAAUCAAAGCAGACUGGGCGGGUCUGAAGCGUUACCGUCAUCAAUUAGUCGGGCUCAUGAUGCUGAAGCACGUUUGGGGGUUUCAUACAGAAAGAAUCGGUUCUGAACACAGUCACAUGACCUAUCACACGACCAGCUGAUCAAAUGAUGGAUCAGCUGGUUUGUGUGAAACAGACGUGUAAAUCUUGGUUCUCCAACAGGAAGACGAGGGAGAAUCUGUCAGUUUCUAAUUAACCAUAAAAGCAGGUUAUUGAUUAGAAGCAAGCAGGAAUGCUUCAUGUGUCUGCUGUCAGAAAUCUGAAUAAAAAGAUAUCGGUGGUUUCAUUUCUGUUUUUGUGAUGGGUUUAUUGUGCCGGGACUUUGGUGGAUCUCCAGUUUCUCUUUUCUGUUUGUGUUGUUAUUAAUAUUUGUGGUGACACUAAUUAAAGAAGUUAAAUCCCA